UUGACUUCCGGUUGCCCUCAAUGUCAGUCGAUAAUGGUUCCGGGUUUACAUUUUGCCUAAGGUGUUUGACAAGUCAUAUAACAAGGCACAAACACGCUUCUUUUGAGUCAUAACAACUCACACUGCUGUCGUAAGUUUUGGCCGAGAUAGAUGAACAAAGGUGCAUUAUAUAUCAUGAGAUUGUCAUGCAGAGUCACAACACUGCACAUGACAUCGUCCAGGAGGGCAUCCUCAGCUCCUGCUGGGUUCUUCGUCCCUGAUUGCAGCUCCAUAGACACGCAGUCCCUGCAGCUGCUCCAGGAUUUUGUCUCCCGGGCCACAAGGCUCUUUGCCAUCAGCGGCGCUGGUCUCUCCACAGAGUCAGGCAUUCCAGAUUACCGCUCGGAAGGUGUGGGCCUCUACGCCCGCACUGACAGGCGUCCCAUGCAGCAUGUUGAGUUUGUCCGUAGCGCCAAGUCCCGUCAGCGUUACUGGGCAAGGAACUUUCUGGGGUGGCCACAGUUCUCCUCGCAUCAGCCCAACGCAGCUCACAGGGCCCUGCAGCAUUGGGAGGUACAGGGAAAGCUCCACUGGCUGGUGACCCAGAAUGUAGAUGCGCUCCAUUCAAAGGCAGGACAAAAAAAACUCACUGAGCUCCAUGGAUGUGCUCACAGAGUGAUGUGUUUAGGCUGCGGCAGUAUUUCAGCGAGGGAGGAGCUCCAGAGGCGUUUUGUAGAGCUCAACCCAGACUGGAGGGCUCAGGCCGGGGCCGUGGCUCCGGAUGGGGACGUGUUCCUGGAAGACGAGCUGGCUCUCAAUUUCAGGGUUCCCUCCUGUGAGGUCUGUGGAGGAACACUGAAGCCCGAGGUUACCUUCUUCGGUGACUCUGUGAAUAAAGACACAGUGCAGUUUGUGCACAACAAAUUAGCGGAAUCGGAUGCCGUGCUCGUCAUCGGGACAUCGCUGCAGGUCUACUCGGGAUACAGAUUUUUACUGGCAGCCAGCGAUAGAAAUAUACCGGUCGCCAUCGUGAAUAUUGGACCGACGAGGGCAGACCAUUUGUCCCAGCUGAAAGUGAGAGGUCGCUGUGGUGAAGUGCUGUCAAUCAUUCAACCUCUCUGACGAUGGAAUAGGCUGCUACAGCGACCCUUGUGAGGGAGGAUAAGCGGUUCAGUAGAUGGCAAGGACAAACAUCUAAUGACUUGAUGCUAAUGCUAAGAAGAAACGGCAGACAGACAGACACAUGGUUUUAAAACCGCUUCACACUACUUUCACUCACCUCCUGAAAUCAUUUCUGUCUGUUGCAAAUUUACACGCCGAACUGAUCCAAUCUGUCACGCUUGACGAGCCGGACGAGCUCUUUUUGCCCGGUACUCCGCUCAUGUUGCACCCGGUGAGACUAGCUUAACAACGAGGCUGACCAAGGCGGAAGUA